GCUCACUCAGCGUAAGUGACACAAGUGCUGGCUCCAUUCAGCACUGAGUAGACUGAGUCACUGCUCUCCAUUAGCCGGCAUGCCGCAGAGAAAGAGGAGUUUCACUUUUGGAGCCUAUGGAGGGGUGGACAAGACAUUCUCCCGGGCAAGAAGCAUAUGGAAACAAGAUGGGAGCGACCCCCGAAUUUCCGCAACAUUAGAGCCUCAACUGUUGCAGCCUACACUCCUGUCCACCCCGUCUCCAUUCUACAAGACCACAGAUUUGUUUGAAAUGAUUGAAAAAAUGCAGGGCAACAGGAUGGAUGAGCAGAGAUGCACCUUUCCUCCCCCACUCAAAACUGAGGAGGACUACAUUCCAUACCCAAGUGUCCAUGAGGUAAGUCUUGGGCAGAAAAGUCCCUUUCCUCUCAUCCUGCUGCCCCAAUUCGGGGGCUACUGGAUCGAGGGGACCAAUCACGAGUUGAGUGACAGUUUGGACACAGAGCAGCUCCAGCCCCUGUCCCCAAACACCCGCACCAAGCUGGAGUGUAACACCACAGCUAACCUCUAUCGCAAACACUUCCUGGGCAAGGAACACUUUAAUUACUAUUCAGUGGACAGCGCUUUGGGACAUCUGGUGUUCUCCCUGAAGUAUGAUGUGAUCGGUGACCAGGAACAUCUCCGUCUAAUGCUCAGGACCAAGUUGAAAACCUACCAUGAUGUGAUUCCCAUCUCCUGUCUGACAGAGUUUCCCAAUGUGGUCCAAAUGGCUAAGCUUGUCUGUGAAGAGGUCAAUGUGGAUCGCUUUUUUCCCGUCCUCUACCCAAAAGCCUCAAGACUUAUCGUCACCUUUGACGAACAUGUGAUAAGCAACAAUUUCAAGUUUGGGGUCAUCUAUCAAAAGUUUGGACAGACAUCAGAGGAAGAGCUCUUUGGCAACAGUGAAGAGAGCCCUGCCUUUGUAGAAUUCCUGGAGUUUCUAGGGGAGAAGGUUGAGCUCCACGACUUUAAAGGUUUCCGUGGAGGGUUAGACGUGACUCAUGGACAGACUGGCACAGAGUCUGUCUACAGCAACUACCGCAACAAAGAGGUCAUGUUCCAUGUGUCCACAAAGCUGCCUUACACAGAGGGAGACGCCCAACAGCUGCAGAGAAAAAGGCACAUAGGGAAUGAUAUUGUGGCCAUUGUGUUCCAAGAUGAAAACACUCCCUUUGUCCCAGACAUGAUCGCUUCCAACUUUCUGCAUGCCUACGUGGUGGUCCAAGUGGUCAACGCCUGCUCUGACAGUGUUCUCUACAAGGUGUCAGUGACGGCACGGGACGAUGUACCUUUCUUUGGUCCAGCCCUCCCAAACCCCGCUAUUUUUAGGAAAGGACCUGAAUUCCAUGAAUUCCUCUUCACUAAGCUCAUCAAUGCUGAGUAUGCCUGCUACAAAGCUGAGAAAUUUGCCAAAUUGGAGGAACGAACCCGAUCGGCCUUGCUAGAGACGCUGUAUGAGGAGCUCCAUGUGAACAGCCAGGCCAUGAUGGGUGUUGGAGGAGAAGAUGACAAAUUGGAGAACGGCAGUGGAGGAGGAGGGGGCUUCUUUGAAUCCUUCAAGCGGGUGAUCCGCAGCAGAAGCCAGUCAAUGGACGCCAUGGGUCUCAAUUUCAAGAAGCCACACACAGUCUCCACUAGUCUGAGCGGCAACUUUAACCACAUCACUGCAGAGAGCCCCAAAUUCCCAGGGAUAUCAUUGCUUGUCCCAGGCAAAAGUCCCAGUAAAUAUGGACGUCGAGGCAGUGCCAUAGGGAUAGGAACAGUAGAAGAGUCUUUGAUCAUUCCGGGGAAAAGCCCGACCAGGAAGAAGUCGGGUCCCUUCAGUUCCAGGCGGAGCAGUGCCAUCGGCAUCGAAAACAUUCAGGAAGUCCAGGAGAAAAGCAGCAGAGAGUGCUCCCCAAGCACCCAGAAGACCCCCGACAGUGGCCACGCCUCCCAGGACCCCAAAUCUGACAACUCAUCCAAUCAGAGCUCUCCUGAGGUGCUCACCACCACCAAGAACAGUUCUUAUCUCAGUGGCAGGGCCCCGUCCAUCCCUGAAGGUCAUGACCUCUCCCGCUCCUCCUCCAACGCUAGCAGCUUCGCCAGUGUGGUGGAGGAGAAUGAGACAGAGGCCACAGAGGACUAUGACACCGGCAUGGAGAGCCUGUCAUCCGCCGGGACGCCGCACAAGAGGGACUCGUUCACCUACAGCACCUGGCUGGAGGACAGCGUGAGCAGCAUCAGUAACACCAGCCGUGGGAACUCCCCAGGGCCUGGUAAAACUGAAGGGGGCAAAGGGACAGAUAUCCGAAUCAAACUGGAACGACCACAUGAGCAUCAAUCCUCAUCGAACUGUUAGCUCCGCCCACCUGGUUGUAUCCUGAAUCUCCGUCUUCUGCAUUCCCAUAAGUCACAAUCCUUCCAGGAGAUGAGACGAGUGCAGGCGUUCGUCGUGACCGAUGAUGAUGAGGAGGAGGAAGAGGAGCAGAGGGAGGAGGUAGAGGAGGAAGAGGAGGAGGAGGUGGGGCCUAGCCAGCCUGCAGGUCAGUGAGGCCGGAGUGACCCGCAGCCAGCAACCUGGAGGCAUCUGGAGAGGAUAAACACACACCCUGAAGGGGCCGGCUGUUGCAUCGUGUUGCUUCCCUCCACUCUUUUUCUUUGCCUGCUCACACACAUCUAUUGCCUGGUUGUACUUUUAUCUUGGACUCGACCUUUUAUUUCAAGAGCACACAUUUUAAAUUUUUACUUUGAUUUGUCGUCCAGAGGCCUAGGUGUGCUGGUUAUACAGGGUAAAGACAGUGCCAUUGAGCUCUUAUUAGAGAUGGUGAGAAAGACUUCUGCUGCAACCCAGUUACUGUGUAUAAUUGCCUGUAUGGUAUUUUUACCAAAUCAACAAGAUUUUGGAUCGAUAAAAAUCUCUAAUGUAUAAAUAAUACCAAAUAUCCAGCAUUAUAUGUGUGUGUUUUCUAACAUUACAGCCACUGGUAGUAAUAGUUGGAUGUUGGAUGCUGUUAAAUGUGAUUAUUUUGGGGGGGUAAAGUGAUUGUAAUUUGUCUAUUAAUGAUAGCUUCAUCAAAUUCCUCUAUAGGACUACUAUGUAGCUACAGCAAAACAAAGACUGUACUGUUUUCUCAUAUAGCCAAGUCGCCACAAUAUUCAACAAGUAUGAAACCUCAUACCACAGGGCAAAGUGAAGACAGUAAUGUAUCCUGAAUGAAUUGACAUGGCCUUAAAACUUAAAACAUGCAAUUUGUUCGUCCCUCGUGUUGAUUUUACCUCACUUCUUUGACUAACAUGCAGCCAAGAAUGGGAUGGCAGUAUUAGAUUGGGUGCAAACCAAUAUUUAUAUUCAACAGCAUUUUUUUUAGCACACUAGUUUGAUGGGAAAUUAAAAAAAAAAAAAAAAACACAUGAUAGCUUUGCACUUUCAAAGCAUUUUAACAUGGUGGUGUAACACAGCUCUAGGUUGGCACUGUCUGUGUCGUCCGCCAUAAAGAGUAAUGUAUGGAUUUAUUCAUCAGUGACUGAUUUAAUUGAUUUGAUCUGAUCCGUUGGUGCGGUGACCAACCUCUGUAUAUUAUGUUCUUAGUUGUCUUUUUCUUGCUAACUUAUGUUUUUUUAUUUAUUGAUUUUUCUUUGUUUUGUGUGGAGUUUACAGUGUACAUUUUGUUAUUGUAUACCUCUAUGGUAGUACUCGGUGACGACAUGGCGCACCCUGUUACGUGCUUUUAUGUGUCACUUGAGAUGAAAUGAUCAUAAUGUCGUCUGUAAAGCCCGGCCUGUUUCACGGCUCAGAUCACUCACAGUGCAGUAAAUUUGCAAUGCCGUCAAAGCCCAUGAAUGGAAAUAACUGAAUAUUAACUGCUUUGAAAUCGAAAUAAAUUACUCCAAUGACAACUACUGUUUUUGUACAUAUAUAUUUAGUUGGAGUACAUAUAUGUGGAAUUAGUCUGGGAUUUACCCAAACCUUGAAAUUGCAUACUGCCAAGUGAAUAAUUUAUUGUUUUUAUUUCUUGUGCUCUUGCCGUAAAAUAUUAUUUUGAGAGGUUUUAGAAUGAAAUUAUUUUAAGAGUUAUUAUUCAUACUGUUCAAGAAGAAAAUAAACAUUGUGUUGAUCGUUUGAGUUGCCUUAUCACAAAUGAGUAUUGAUUCAUCUGAGAAUAGUUGAGCAAGAUGUACAGUGAAAUGAAUUUUUGUUUUGUUUUGUUUUGUUUUGUUUUCAUCUUAAAUAAAUGCCCUGGGAACUUCACAGUCUACUGUACACUUGCCCUGAUCACAUUAUUCAGCUGGUAUUCAGUGUUUGGUUUUAAUUUUUUGUCGCUUAUCUGCAGUUUUCAUACACAAAUACAAUAUUCUGAAUAGCAUAUUGUAAAAAAAAAAAAAAAAAAAAAAAAAAUCCCUGCAGUGAAAUGUCUAUAUCCUGUAGAUGUUCAAUUUCCCUCAGUCUGAGUGAAAGCUAUGAGAGAAUGUCCCAUGAAUAAAUGAUUGGAUGUGGCUGCCCACAAGUGUCUAAAAGUAGAGCAAUCUAAAAGUGGAGGCUUCCCUGGUUAUAUAACUGUGCCACAUGGAAGAAAGAAAUGUAUUCAAUUUUAAUGAGUCAAACAAAAGGAAAUAAAACUGAAUCACGACCGAAACAGGCUUUCCAAUUAUAUCUACACACAAAACGGUAAUGGGAAACGCUCGGGCUGAUUGCAACAUGGAUUGAUUGUACCACUUCAUAAACAAGUAGCUGUGGCCUGGGAGCAGAGCACAGCACAACACGAGCCGAAAUAUAUCAUCUUUACUCCACACUGUUCCCAUGGAGGAGGAAAGCAUGAAAUAAAAUGCAAUGGCUCAAAAUUGAGUGAAUUCUCUUUGCCACUUCAUCCUGUACAUUCUGCUCUUUCUCUCUGUAGAUAUGUAGAGAGUGGUAUUUAAGGGAUAAAGUAAAGCAAAACACACUGAAAUUAGAUAUAACAACAAGUGAUUGCGGGUCAUUCUGGGAUUAGGAGGCUUUAGUUGUUACCAUCAGAUGUUUUGAGUAUACAGUUACAUGGCAUCAAGUUGUAAAACAUCACUUGGCUACUUUUUAAAAUAACAUCCCAUAAAAUCAGAUCUAUAUAUUUUUUAAAACAUUUCUUUUGUAAUUUACAGCUGAAGUUAUGUCUUUUGGCUGAACUUUACACACAUUUGUUAGCACUUAUUACAUCUGGCAUGUCAUCAUUAUCAGUUCCAGAUAAGUGUGUGGGUGACAUUUGGGUUUGCAAAUAGCAGUUUUCCUCUUUUGAACUUUAUAACAUAUUGUUCCUUUACUUAUUAACUGCCAAAACAAGUUAUGACCAUGCAAAAAUCACAACCCCACACUUACAGUACUUAUUAUAAAAAUAGAGAGAGACAGAAGGAGAGAAAGAGAGAGAGAUCAUACCAAAUUGGGAAAUUCUUGUGUCGCACCAGGUUAUCCAGACAUUUCACAGGGACAGAGAUAUACUUGUCAAAACUAGAAGAGAGAAAUACAUACUUCUAGAGAUAAAACGGCUCAAUACAAAGAAUAUAAGAAAAAAAAAAACACUGUGUACCUUGUGAGUGUAAUAAAAAUGAAAUACAAUAAAUAUAAAGUAUGUUUCAUGCA